UAGUAGUAGUAGUAGUAGUAGUAGUAGUAGUAGUAGUAGUAGUAGUAGUAGUGGUAGUAGUAGUAGUAGUAGUAGUAGUAGUGUGAGUAGUAGUAGUAGUAGUGUGAGUAGUAGUAGUAGUAGUAGUGUGAGUAGUAGUAGUAGUAGUAGUAGUAGUAGUAGUAGUGGUAGUAGUAGUAGUAGUAGUAGUAGUAGUAGUGGUAGUGUGAGUAGUAGUAGUAGUAGUAGCAGUAGUAGUAGUAGUAGUAGUAGUAGUAGAGUAGUAGUAGUAGUAGUAGUAGUAGUAGUGUGA